AGUAAUUUUUGUCUCCAGAAGAAUGCAAUCGAGAUAGUCAUAUGGGCUAUAUCACCGCAUUCAAACGAAAUGGUUGACGUGCAAUUCAGCGGGAAUUGUACACAACAGCCGUGUUUCGAUAACUUUCGUUAUCGCAUUUUUAAAUAACACCCAUAAAAGGAUAUAAUAAAUAUAAAUAUAGAAUUUCAUUUUUAAUAAAAUAUUUUUAAAUAAAUUAUUGGCAAUAUAUAUAUAAAAGAGAAGUCGUUACUUUUGAUUUCAGUUAUAGAGAAUAUUUGAUUAUAGGGGUGUAUUGUAUAAACAAUAAUACUUAUUGGAGACAAAAAUAUUAGGUUUUAACGUAUCCACGUUAACAAUGUUAGUAUGUACCCAGAGCCGUUAUCAGGACGAACUCGACACAUACUAUACUUUUUUAUACAAUUGCAUAAAUUUAUGCAUAUACACAUCAUAUAUUUAUAUAUUAUAUGAUGCAUAUGUCGGAGACGCCUCAAUUAAUAGCGGAAUCAGUAGACUGGUUAAUAGAUCCUCCUGAGGAAGAGAUACUAGAACCAGAGACUGUAAACCUUCCAUCAGACGAUGUAGAUGUGAUUCACGAUGCGUUAACGUAUCCAGACGGUAGGGAGUCUGUAGUAAAAAAUAAUCCGAUUACGGAUCAAGACGCUGGUCAAAACUGUCCAGGCCCGUCAAAUGUGGAGCCUCAGUAGCUAGAUACUGAGACUUUAGAAAUUCUUGGAGUCGAUCCAACGUGUACUAAUAAUUAUGGUAGCGAUGUCCAUAAAGAAUUGCCAUUGCGAUUUCAACACAUCGCCCAAGAAGGAAUUAGUAAAGAGCUUAAAAAAUAAUUAGUAAAUAAAUACCCACUACCAGCUAACUGCUUACUUGUAGUGCUCCCACAAUAAAUCCCGAGAUAAAAAGCAGAGCUUCCAGAACUAGCUACUACGCGUGAUAAAGGUAUUGAGAUAAAAAAGAAACCAAUGGCUUCAGCCAUAUCUUGUUUAGGUCAAGCUAUUUCAACAUAGCUUAAUUGUAAUCAAAAAGAUAAAGAACUUUUACAAAAACUGAUGGAUCUCAGCCGUCUAAUGUGUGACAUACAGCAUAGCGACUCCAUGACUAGACGACACUUCAUUCUAAGUGCUUUAAAGAAGGAUAUGAAGGAAUAUCUUACAAACACAAAAGUUGAUACCUUCUUAUUUGGCUAUAAAUUGGCUGAAACAAUAAAAUCGACCGAAGCUGUUAACAAAUCAGACAUAGACCUAAAGGUGGUUUCUGAUGGUACCAAAAACCUGCCAAGAAGAACCGACAUUCUUCCUUCAAGGCCUUUAAACCGGAGAGCUCCAGCACCGGCACGCAAGCAGCCGGGCAUGGGAGCGAGAUUCCGUCAGCCUGCCGCAGCACGACCCUUGAUUCUCCGAACGCAGCCGGCUGGGCACAUAGCGACGUCGUGGGGUCCACCACCACCGCAGCCGCCGUCGCCACCUCCUCCGACACAACAUCCACGUCGUCGUUACUACGUACGUCGUUACUAGAUACGUAUAUUCCAGUUAAGUAUGCAGGUCGUUUAACACACUUUUAUGAUCAAUGGUCUAUUAUCACAAAUGUUCACUUGAUCCUUUCAGGGAUUAAGGGUUACAAAAUAAUUUUUUCGUCACCUGUUUAUCAAGAAUCAUACAGAUUCAGAAAAAUAUCAAUAUAUUGAUGCAAUUAAUAAUCUUCUACAAAUUGACGCUGUUUCAGAGUGUAUACCUUAUAAGGGCAGUUUAUAUCUAAUAUUUUUAAUAUAAUACAAAAACUUAAUGGCAAAAUGAGGCUCGUAUUGAAUCUCAAGAGAUUAAAUAAAUUUAUCCAGACGGAUCAUAUACGAAUAAUAUUUAUUUACGAAGAAUUAGAUUUACGAACUGCAUUAAAAUUAAUAUCAAAAGAUUGCUAUAUGGCAACAUUAGACCUUAAAGACGCUUAUUUUUUAAUAAACAUUCAUAAUGAAUCUAAAAAAAUAUAUCCGAUUUAUUUUUGACAAUAAAUUAUAUCAAUUUAAUGUUUUGCCAUUUAGUUUAGCUACCGCACCUUACAUUUUUAUUAAAUUAAUGAAGCCGAUUACUAGACUUUUAAAAACUGGCGAUUUUUUUAUUUACCUUAUACU